CGCGGCCGAGGCCGGUGCUGGCGGGGCGGGGCGGGCGCUGCGGAGGCGGAGGAAGAGGGAGCGGGAGCCCUGGGAGGCCCGGCGCCGCCAUGGAACUGGGCCCGGAGCCCCCGCACCGCCGCCGCCUGCUCUUCGCCUGCAGCCCCCCUCCCGCGCCACAGCCGGUCGUGAAGGCGCUGUUUGAUGCGCCUGCCGCCGGGACACAGUCGCCUGUCACCAACCUGACGGUCACCAUGGACCAGCUGCAGGGCCUGGGCAGUGAGUAUGAGCAGCCACUGGAGUUGAAAAACAACAGCAAUCUGCAGAGAAUGGGUUCCUCCGAGUCAACUGAUUCAGGUUUCUGUCUGGAUUCUCCUGGGCCCUUAGAAAGUAAAGAAAACUUUGAAAAUCCCAUGAGGAGAAUAAAUUCCCUACCUCAGAAGCUUUUGGGGUGUAGCCCAGCUCUGAAGAGGAGCCAUUCUGAUUCUCUUGACCAUGACAUCUUUCAGCUCAUUGACCAGGAUGAGAACAAAGAAAAUUUUUCUUCAAAUGAAAGAGAUAGCGGUGAACCAGGGAAUUUCGUUCCUCUUUUUAUGCCCCAGUCACCUGGGACAGCCACUUUGUCUGAUGAGGACGAUGGCUUCUUGGACCUUCUCGAUGGGGACAAUAUGAAGAAUGAUGAGACCCCAUCGUGCAUGGCAAGCCUCUGGACAGCUCCCCUUGUCAUGAGAAGAACUACGAACCUCGGCAACCGAGGCAAGCUGUUUGACUCCCCUUCCCUGUGUAGCACCAGUAUUCGGUCAACACUGAAGAGACCAGAACGAUCUCAAGAGGAGUCGCCACGUGGAAAUACAAAGCGGAGGAAGAGCACGGCUGGGGCCAGCCCUGAAAAGGCAGCUAGUCCAGAGAAGGCCCAGGAGGUUAGUGAGAUUCCACAUCAGUCUUUAUCCCUGGCAUCUUCCCCAAAAGGGACCAUUGAGAACAUUUUGGAUAAUGACCCAAGGGACCUUAUAGGAGACUUCUCCAAGGGUUAUCUCUUUCAUACAGUCACUGGGAAACAUCAGGAUUUAAAAUACAUCUCUCCAGAAAUUAUGGCAUCUGUUCUGAAUGGCAAAUUUGCCAACCUCAUUAAAGAAUUUGUCAUCAUUGACUGCCGAUACCCAUAUGAAUAUGAGGGAGGCCACAUCAAGGGUGCGGUAAACUUGCACAUGGAAGAAGAGGUUGAAGACUUCUUACUCAAGAAGCCCAUUGUACCUACUGAUGGCAAGCGUGUCAUCGUUGUGUUCCACUGCGAGUUUUCUUCUGAGAGAGGUCCCCGCAUGUGCCGGUAUGUGAGAGAGAGAGAUCGGCUUGGUAAUGAAUACCCCAAACUCCACUACCCUGAGCUGUAUGUCCUGAAGGGGGGAUACAAGGAGUUCUUCCUGAAAUGCCAGUCUCACUGUGAGCCUCCCAGCUACCGACCCAUGCACCACGAGGACUUUAAAGAAGACCUCAAGAAGUUCCGCACCAAAAGCCGGACCUGGGCAGGAGAAAAGAGCAAAAGGGAAAUGUACAGUCGUUUGAAGAAGCUCUGAGGGCAGUGGUGCCAGACAACAGCAGCCUGAGCUUCCCUCUGUACACCAUGUCCCCUCUUUGCUGCAGAGAAACUUGAGCAAAGGGGCCAGCUGUGUGACAUUUGGAGAGGAAGCCUGGGACUUCCAUGCCUUAAACCUACCUCCCACACUCCCAAGGUUGGAGCCCAGGGCAUCCUGCUGGCUGUGCCUCUCCUGUCCUUGUAAGACCUCCUUCCCCAUCAGGACUAUCUACCAAGGUUGUCACAUGCCGUGGUGAGGUUCUGAGCACCACGUCAAGCUGUUCUACCCAUAGUGGGAUGAAGCAGCUGGGGCCUUGUUGGGCUCUGGCCUUCUCUUGUGAGGGAAGAGAGAGAGAGAAGGGAAUACAGAGAAGUGACAGAAAGAAAUGCUGCUGGCCAAGUAUCAAAGACAGCCUGGGAAGGAAAGGCCUUUGUGGGAUAAUCCGUAUCUUUAAUUUAUUCAACUUCAUCAAUCACUUUAUUUUAUUUUUGUUUCUUAUUAUUUUUUUUGAACUCUUGAGACUUUUCCUUUACUGCUUUAUUAGGUCAAAAUACUGCCAUUCUAGGUAGGGUUUUAUCAUCCCAGGGACUACCUCGGCUUUUAAUUAAAAAAAAAAGUGGGGGGUGGGGUGAGAAAAGGCAAACCUGCUGCUAUAUAAAGCCAGGAGCUGAGGUACUGGUGGGAGUGGGCACUGGGCUCGGGCUUGGCUACAGAGUAUAAGCUAAACCUCCCAGACCUACCUCCGGCCAUCAAGAUCUAUUUGGGGGGAGGUGUGUCCCUGCUCCUCCUCAUCCCGGUUCCCUGUGAUGUUGGCUGGUAUAGGAGUCAGACUCAGGAAAGCACUUCAGGCAGCUUCCCUUGGGCCACCCCCAAGUUGGUGUUGGAAUGUUACUAGUGGGUUGCCCAGGCUAGGGGGUAGGAAUGGGUGGGCUCUGCAGGAUGAGGGAAGGGCAUAUCCACUGAGUGUCCUCCUUCUAUUAUUGACACUCUAUCUUUAAUUUUAAUUUUUAAAAAAAUAGUCAUUUUAUGAGUCAAGGAGUAUCAAAUCAGUGUUGGAUGGGCCACCCAAGGGUGGGGAGAGGGGCUGGAAGCCGUGCACAUUAGAAGGGAGUGGGUGCUGGCAUAGAGAUGACUGUAUAGAAUGUUUCUCACAAGGGAACAUGGUAGAUUUUGAAGGUAAGACUUUCUGGGUUUAUCAUGUUUGAAUUUGAAGGACAGGGAGUGGUGAAUCAUCACCAGUUGCCCCCUUAUCUAGCCCCAUGGAAGUGGGAGUCUCAAAGGAGCGCCUCAUCCAAGGAGCUAGGGCUGACUGAAUUGAUUAUAGAUAGGCCUGUCGCAGCGCCUGCCCAUCCCCACUCUGCGACACCUGCCUCCUUACCAUCGUUGCUCCAUUGAGGUGUGGCCAGGUUUUUCUUAUAACAAGAGUCAGUCUCCCCUUUUACCUCGGCUUUCUAUUCUGGGGUUGGGGAGGGAAUCAGUGGUAUUGGAGAUGACUAGUUAUGUUCUGGGUUUGAGUUGCAUUUGGCUAGAAAACAAUCUUGUUGGAAAAAGUAUGUUGGGAGAAGGCCUCUUACCCCACACACUGAGACAGAUUCCAGUGGGUCUCUAAUCUUUGUAGGGAUUCUGUCGGUUCAAUGCCUAAAAAGAGAGGUGGGAUGGCCUUCAAAUUGUACCAGCUUAGCUAGCAUUGCAGGCUCUGAAAAUAAAAAUCUUGAACCCA